AUGGUUCUUAAUGAGCACCAUGACAGCGUCGAAGCCGAAUCUGAGCAUAAAAUACUACCCGACAAUGCUGUUGAAAGCUCUACAAAAGAGGCAACUACUGAUGAAAGUGACGAGGGAGGAGGCGUAAAGGAUGUUCAGUCUACGAAGAAGACUUACAGAUUUUACGCCAUCAUAGUUGCGCUCGCUUUCUCGGGUCUGUCAACUGCGUUGGAGGCAACAAUCACGUCUACUGCACUGCCAACAAUCAUCGCGGACGUUGGUGGUGCUAACUUAUAUGUAUGGGUUGUCAAUGGAUUCUACUUGACUCAAACCGCAUUCCAACCAUUCUUUGGCCAGAUUUCAAACAUCUACGGUCGUCGAUGGCCAAUGAUCUUCAGCACAGCGGCCUUUGUUCUAGGAAGUGGUCUUUGCGGUGGUGCGUCAAAUAUCAAUAUGUUGAUAGCUGGACGACUCAUACAGGGCAUUGGCUCUGGGGGAGUCAAUGUUCUAAUCGAGAUAAUUGUAUGCGAUAUACUCCCUCUCAGAGAACGAGGGAAAUACCUAGGUAUCAUGUUCGGUCUCAUUGCUCUCGGCACGACACUGGGUCCAGUCUUUGGUGGACUAAUUGUCCAAUACACCUCGUGGCGCUGGGUGUUCUACCUCAAUGUUCCCAUCGGUGGAGUGGCUUUAGUCAUUCAUUUUGCCUUCCUCAGGGUCAAAUCAGACAAUACCCUAGACUACAUGGCGCGACUGAAACGGAUUGACUGGAUCGGAAACGUUGUCUUUGUUCUCUCGAUGGUCUCGGUUCUCAUAGCUCUAUCCUGGUCAGGAAGCACAUAUCCAUGGUCGUCGUUCCGCGUUAUCGUUCCACUUGUUAUCGGCUUUUUAGGAUUCGGUUUAUUCGGGUUCUACCAGGCCUCCAAAUACUGUAUCAAUCCGACAAUGCCACUUCAUCUCUUCUCCAACCGAACUUCAGCGAUAGCUUUUGUCUUGACAUUCCUCCACAGUCUUUCUGCGAUCUCGGUCAUCUACUUUCUUCCAGUCUACUUUCAGUCUGUACUGGCCUCUACACCUAGCCGCUCAGGGGUCGAACUGCUUCCGACAAUUUUCUUUUUGAUACCAGGUGCUAUCGCUGCCGGAACCUUACUUUCGAAAUUCGGUCGCUAUCGUCCUAUCCAGCACGCCGGAUUUGCCCUCAUGAUUGUUGGAUUUGGACUCUUGACACUGCUGAAAGCCAAUCCAACAACAGCGCAAUGGGUUGGCUACCAACUCGCCAAUGCGGCCGGCACAGGCCUUGUUCUACCUGUACUUCUUCCGGCUGUUCAAGCAUCUCUCACAGAGGAUGACACCGCACUUUCAACUUCAACUUGGGCCUUUGUCAGAAGCUUUGGGCUUAUCUGGGGUGCCACUAUUCCAACAGCUGCUUUCAAUAACCGCUUCAACACGCUUCUGUACAGAAUUACCGACUCUGCGGUUGCGCAGCAACUCGCAAACGGGGCGGCGUAUGAGCGUGCUACGAAAAGCUUCAUGGAUGCGAUCACCGAUCCAGUCACGCGUGCACAGGUUGUAUCUGUAUAUGUGGACUCGAUCAAGACAGUGUGGUUUGUUUCCAUGUCUUUUGCAGCGUUGGGUUUCCUACUGGUAAUUAUCGAAAAGGAAAUCCCACUCAGGAAAGAGCUUGACACCAAGUUCAGCAUAGAGGAGACAGUUAAAUCCAAGAAUUCCGAUCCUGAGAAUUCAGCAUCUAAAGUAGGUUAA